AGCCACGCCCCUCUGCCUUCUAAUUCUCCUCUUAAAGGAGCACGCACUUUUUAACUCUUCUCGGGUUUGGGAGUUACUCAGAGCGCCAUGGGCUUUAAAACAGGACUCUGAAGUCUUUCCCUGGGAGUAUGGGUUAUCCUUCGUUCUAGAGUUUCUUUGUUUCCUCAGAGUGCAAUUGCAUUCUCCCUGAGCUUCCUUGCUCCUCCAGCUCUCACUACUACCUCCUUAAAAUAAGGAAUAAGGUGGCUGAAAAACUGUGUCAUUUAAUUAAUAAAACCAGGGUCAGGCAAGGGAAGGUCGAGUGGGUGGAGUCAAAAUCUGAUUGACAUUUUGUAAAGACCAUUUCUGCCAGGUGGAGGAUGUACCUUAGAGGGCAAGGGUAGAUGCAGGGGACCAGUAGAGGGGCUACUGCAAUAGUCCUGGCAAGAGAUGACCGGGACAGGAUUAGCGAUGGAGCAGUGGAAAUGGUGAGAAGUGCUCGGAUUCUGGAUCUUUGUUGAAGGUUAAGUCAACAGCUUGAAAAACUAAAAGGAUAGUGGAGAUGGGGAAACUGGGAGAGCAGCAGGUCAGGGAGAAUAACUGUGUUGAUUUAAGCCAGCAGGAGUGUGGUUAUUUGUUGUAGCAGCAUUAGGAAAUGAUUCCAAUGGGGUAGGUCCAAACUGAGAGUUCCAUUUUGAUCAUAUUGACCUUGGCUGCGACAUCCAGAUGGGGCUGCUGAGUCCAGGUCUGGAGCUCAGGAGGGAGGUCAGGAUUGUAGUCAGAGACUUGGGAGCCAGUGACAUAUUCGUGAAAUUUUAACAGCUUGGGCCUGAGAGAGGGGUUCAAGGCCGAGGAAGGCCUGCAGUGCUGUCCAACCUUUUCUACAGCGGGGCUCUCCCUGACAGUGAAAUAACCACAGGCAAGUCCAGGGUCGGCAGCAUCGGUGGGUCAGCCAUAGGCCGGCAGCCUGGACACUGAGGCCCCUGGAAGCCACUCCCGCCCCCUCAGGCAACACUGGUGGGGAAGGUCUGGGAUGGCCUGAGCUGAGAGGACAGGCAAGGACCAAGCUUUGGGCAAGCCACAGGUCAGAGGAGGCUGAGGAGAGGCUGAGAGGUGGGAGGGGCAGGACAGAUGGGGCCAGGCAUCAACAGACACUGAGCAACGUGGAGUGCUCAGCGAGGGGUGGAGUUUGACCUCUGCAAGGGAGGUGGUGUUUAGAUCCUUGUGAGCAGAGUUAAGGUUAGACUUCAGAAGGAAAGACACAAAACAAAAACACGAGGCCAGUUGAUUCUCUGCGAAGAAUGGACUUUGGGAUGCCUCUGCAGCAGCCUCAGCCCUCCCAGUUGCCCUUUAUUCCCUUCCUCCCGCCAGAUCCCCAGGGGACUGGGCCACCCCAGACCUUGCUACUUCCUGCUCCUGACAGCCACUGCUCUGAGCCCAUGGAGCUGUGGAGGCAGCUGAGGGAGGCUGGACUGGUGCCUCCCUGGCUGGGCCCACCCCCACGGGCCCUGAGGGGGGUCUCCCCAGUGCAGAGCCCUGGCCAGACCCGCAUGUCUCCAGGGACAGACACUGGAGGUGCCAGGGAGAGUCUGCUGCAGAUCUGGGAGGAGCUGGGCAAGCUGCGCCAAGCAGAUGUCCAGCUGCUGGGCCAGCUGUGCAGCUUGGGGCUGCAGAUGAAGGCGCUUCACGAGGAUCUGGUUGCCAUCCUGGAAGAGGAGGAGGACAGCUGUGAGGAAGAGGAGGAGGAGGAGGAUGAAGAACCCCAGAGGAAGCAGGAGGAAGAACACUUGGGGGCCUUCUGCCCAGCCCCAGGCCCCCCUGACUUUGAGAUGACCAUCUGAGGCUCUCCCAAGUGUGCUUUUAGAGUGAUACACAAAUAAGAUGCACAUGUAGGCAAAAGAGCGGGGAUAUUUGCAGGACAAAUCAGAUUCGGAAUCAAGCAUGCUGUUUGAGCAAGUGCUUUCUCUGAAGAUGUCUGCAGCGAGACGUAGGCAUUGGGCUGUGAGCUGGAGGUGUGUUUGCAGAUGACGUGGGAGGUUGCAGAGAAGCUGCAGGUGCAUUUGCACAUGAACUUUGUGCACAUUGCUGAGGAGACGUGGGUCUUUGCAAAUGUGACAGAGAUGCUUGCAGACAAGAUUAUAGAUCGAUGCUGUCCAGUGUGGUUGCCACUAGCUGCACGUGGCUAUUGAAACGUGAAGAGUCUGAAUUGAGAUGUGCUGUGAUCAUUAAAUACACACCAGAUUUUAGAGGCUUACUAUGCUAAAAAGAAUAUAAAAACAUCUCAGUAGCUUUUGAGACUAAUUCUUUGUUGAAAUAACAU